CUUCGAAUCGCCAAUCUCCAACCGAGCUAUCCCGCAUCAGGCUCUUCACGAAACCAACCAUAAUAUCACGUAGCUCCCCAUGAGCUAAAGGCCAAGCGUGUACCGAUACCAUCUUGCUUUCUACGCUACUCUUUUUUAUCCUUCGCAUAUUUGCAACGCCUCCUGCUACCGCCGUUCAUACGGGUGCUUCACUGCUCCUUGUUUUCUAUAUCCUGGUCCCUGUGUUUGGGCGCAUUGUUUUCACCAUGGAGGAGAAUCCGACAUUUAGGAGCUCCAAGAUUAGUCGACUACCGGCGCCGUCGAUGUCGAUGUCAAUAGGGGCUGGGGCUGGACUCACAGAAUGGAGCGAGUCGCAACAUAAUGCUCGCAUUGCGUCGACGGCAAGUUCGUUGUCGGCCUUGAAGAAUCUGAAGCGCGAGAUUCCUCAACCAGCAUCGCAAUCUGACCCGAAGCGCAAACCUCUUUCUGAUCGCGCCCUCGAAUAUCCUUCAAAGCCAACACCACAUGUUCCUGCCGCCGCUGCUGUUCGAUCGAAUAUAAGGCCUCAGAGUCUGGCUGGAAUGUCCUCAGGGCUCAAGCAACCCAACGCCACCCACUCACGAUAUGGCGCAUCCUCAAACGUCUUUAGCAAGAACCAGGCCGCUCGAAAUGGUAUUUCAGCAGCCACGUCACGAAUAAAUGGAGUAAACGGAGUCAAUGGGGUCAACGGACGUCCUGGCCAUGCCCGAUCGAAGAGUCAAGCACCUCGUCCGCGUACGGCCCAUGCUCUCCGCGAAGAAGACCGAUACGAAGCUCCAACCAACAAUGGUACGACGGCACUUUCGCAAGAUACUUCUCAACCUAUCACCACGCUUCCCUACAACAAAAUCAGAAUCUCACAGUCUUUCGCAACAUUGCCAACGAUCAGAGAUAGUUCUCUGACUUCAAAAUUCCUUGAAUUGAGUCUUGAAGACAAAAUCCCUCCUGGAAGUCAAGCGAUUUCUCGACCCCUAACACGACAGUCUUCACAAUCUUCAACCGCCUCACAUGCUUCUAAUAUUCCAUGCAAGCGCCGUGGUAGAGAUGAUCAGAAUAUGACAGCUUCAACCUCCCGACAGACUUCGUCAGAGCGGCCUUAGGCAGUCCCUCUGAAGCCACCGACGAGCGAGAGAGUCAAGAGGAAGCUCCAUGAGUUCGAAGAGUCUCUGUCUUUGUCACCAGUCAAACAAUUCACAUCCCCCGUCAAGCAUUCCUCUCCUAGCAAGUCUUUUUUG